UCACUUGUAUCUAUCUACCUUGUCUCAUCUUACCCUUUAGCUUUUAGUGACCAGUCCAGUGGGUGGUUUCUCUGUCUUCUGUGCGAUGGCUGAAACUUGCAAUCCACAACAGUUGCCUUACAAGAUGACACCCAUCCUUCCAUAUGAUGAUAGCAAUGAUGAUUUUGAUGAUAUUGGUGAUGAUAUCAGUGUUAUGUCGCUCGGUUUAGAUGUAUUCAACAAACCUCUCCCCGGCGAUGAUCUAAACAGGAUUCCCAGAUUUCCUCCGCCUACCAAACUCCCUCAACUCAAGAUACCAGGAAAGAAGAGGCAUUCACGGUCGCCAGUCAAAACUCCAAGAUCUAAUGAUUGGAAGCAUAUUUUCCAAGGUCCCACAUCAAAGCUAGCAUGGUCCGGUUCCGUUAAGAAGGAGAAGAAGAGACUGAAACGUCUGUCAAAGCUCGCCAAGUUCUCUGAAAUGAAGCUUCCAGGGAUAAAGACCACAAGAGUAACCAAGAUAGCUCUUUAGACCGUGAUGCUAGCAGCUCCUCGAAUUAUAUCUUUUUCAAGUUCCUGUAUAUCAGUUGAGAUCUCCUCACUAGUAUUUCCUCCAAGUUUGGUCUAGUUCCACAAAGAAGGAAAUGAAAUGAAUAGACUGUUCGAGAAUCCUUCAAAUUCUUGCAAGUUCUUUGAAAAAAAUAUCAAUCUUUCAGGUAUAAAGACCACAACAGAGUAACCACGGAAGACCUCUAGACCUUGAUACUAACUACUCUUGGCAUCAAACUAGCGUUUCUGGAUAUCAAGUUGUAAGAAGGAUAGGAAGAGGAAGAUACUGAAGAGUCAUGCAAAGGCUACAAAGUCCUUCAAACACAGUCUACAAGGGGUGAAAACCUUGAGCAAUGAGUUAAAUAUUCCUGGUAUCAAACCUCUUCCAUGUAUAGAUGUUAGUUGAUGUCCCAAGAAAUGUUUUUCUCAAGUUAAGUUCAUCCCAUAAAGGAAACAUUGACCCUUAAAGCACAGAACUUGCCAAACUGUCUGAAAUCACUCUAUCAGCAUUAAAAACCAGAGUCAUUGGACAAACAUUUGAUUGGUUGAUAGUGGAUUAAAUAGAACAUAUGUCCAUGCAACUGCUUAUUUGAUUGGCAGUACUGAGUUCUGCAAUUGAUUACAAAUUUUGUGCAACUGAUCCCGUAAUAAUGACAUUGUUUACCCCCAAUGAAAUGCGGAUUUGAAUAAAAAGAAAAAAAGUCAAAGAAGCAUAAUGCUGAAAAUCUCAUCAAUUUUAGAAUACAUUUGUAUGUUUC